AGCUGUAUGUAUUCAUUGUAUUGUAAAAAACCAGGGGAACAGCUGGCAGACCAAGAUCGACCCACUGCAUAAACCCUAAUCACAAAGAGAUUCAAUUCGACAAUAACGGGUUUGUUUUUGGUUGACAUGGGGUUUUGUUGAAAUGGGGAGGAGACGAUCUGCAGGGAGAGAGAGAGAGAGAGAGAGAGAGAGAUCGCAUCGGAAAUUCGAAUUAACGGCGACUAGCGGCGGGGAGAGACAGAGACGAAGCAGCAGAUCUGAGAAAGAUCUCCGCAAAAAGGGAGAGGUGCGAUUCUAAAGUAAACAGGACAGUGAAAAAUUAGUUAGAAGGACAUUGCGAUUUGCGACAGAAUAGUAGUAGUAGUUGGCUUUCUGAUUUGGCAUUUCGUUCCCAAAUCUCAACACACUUUUUUUUUCCUUCUUUUCUUUCAGCAAUGGCCACCGAACCCAAUCCAGCUUCCUUCCUACUCCUACUGUUACUCCUCCUGCUGCCGUCGAUAUUCGCCACCGGCAAGAAAUUCCACAUCACCGACGACCUCCGGGACGUGGUGGACGACGAGGAGGACGAAGCGUGGAAGGAAUGGGGGAAGAAGAAGACCUCCGACGUGUUCGACCCGCCGCCCUCCGACAUGUCCGGCAUGGAGCUGGAGCAGAUCCAGGAAGCGUUCAUGAAGCGGACAAUGGGACCCGUUUUCGGGUUCGUCAAGCUCCGACCCGGCGUCAAACGUACUCCGGAUACGGUGGCGGAUCUCGCUCGGAAAUGGACCAAAAUGCUGAGAGCUGGGGCGAUGGAAUUGAAUCUCAUGGGGAUUGAUCGAAGCACCAUAAUGUUCAAUAUGGCCGAAGGCCGCCGCUCCCUUGAACUGAAGGAGUUUGUAUUGAAUCAGCCGGAGGCAUACGAGAUCAAGAUCGGAGAUAACUUGUUCAGGAGGAAAGGAGAUCCGCCAUUAGAGCAAGUCAUUGAGCAGAUCCACCGAGCCAAGAACGAAGCCUCUGAUGGUACUAGUCACGAUGAGGAGGUGGAAGAGAAGGAAGAGGAACAAGGAGAGGACCGCAAGGAUGAACUCUAGCCUGUUUCUGCAACUCAGAAGCCAGCAUCUAUUAGUUUCUGAAUGAACCUUAUUGAUGCAGCUGGUGCAAAGUGUUCUUCAAGUUCCAUCCUUCUGUGUUAGAAGUGUAUUUAGCUAGCUGUCAUGAAAAAGUGCAGAACUUUGAGCUUGUAAUAACUACAUCAAUGUCAAGCUCCUUCCUUUUGCCAUAUCAAGCAGCUGUAUAUCAUGUCCAAACCAGCACAUUGCCAUCUAACAUCUCAACCAAAAACCCAUUUCUAUCCUGGUACA